AUGGCUUCCACGAACAGUUCAGAUUCUGGCAGGGAGUCUGCUAUUGACAAUCCUGUCUUACCCCCAUACAUGCUUGAUUCAUGGCGCUUUUGGUACCGUGAAGAAGAUCGUACACAAAUUAAUGGUUUUUCGGUGUCCUCUCUUUCCAAAGCUUUCCUUGAACAUCAAAUGAAUCUAUACGAUUCGGCGAAGGCAAAGCAACAAAGCAAGACUGGCGUCCCAUCUUUGACAUCUUCUGUCAUUACCGGCACUCUCGAUGCCCUCGAGGCUUCUCCUAAUCCCGAUCAAGAUGCUAAGACGCUUGCGGAAAACCUCAGCUCAGUGGCCUUCAAAAGGCUUUUGACUGACCCCAAAAUACCGUAUCAGGCUUUCAGAUCUCUGCUCCAGGAGUAUCAGUCCAAUUCAUCUGCGGGAGCUCCGCGUAACGAUGUAGAUGUCAAUAUUGACGGAUUUAUCCUGCAAAAUGAGCGAUAUGUAAGAUCUAGGGGCUUUGCCAACCAAGAUGGGAAGUACCUCCUUGAACUAGAGCAGCUCCCCGUACUUCUCAAUCAAUCAGAAUCACUCGAUACAGAGACAUCCAUGGGGCAGGAUACUUUGAGUUUCAAAAGGGGAGACUUGCCCAAGGGCGGGCUAGAAGUCUUGGAUUACCACCGCAACAUGCACAGAGAAAUGCGGAUCCAUGCCACUCUUGGUUCAUUCACGAAGACUUUUGAGAGAGUGACUGAGAACGUACUACGCGGUCUGGACUGGUCGAAUGUUUUCGUGGCUGGAGGCAUGGUUCUAGCAACUUUACUGCACACUGACCCGAAGGACGACAAAAAGGAUGAGAUCAUCAAGCCUGAUGUUGAUUUAUAUAUCUACGACCUCACUCCAGCCGAGGCUAAUGCAAAAGUUGAGCACAUAUACGACGUCUGGUCGCGAAACCUACCAUCCACCUACUCCGAACGACUUGUUGUAAAGAACGCUAAGACAAUCAAUUUUUUGACGACUUUCCCCGGAAGGCGCCUCCAGAUCGUUUUGAAGUUGCUGCCAUCCCCAACAGAUAUACUUCUGAACUUUGACCUAGAUGCUUGCGCAAUCGGCUUCGAUGGCUCUCGCAUUCUCAUGCUUCCAAGAUUUGUUCGCGCGUUAGAAACCGGCUAUUCGGUCUUCAGAAUGGACUUGAUCUGGGGUCAUCACCUAGGCGAUCGGCGAGCGACCCAGGACCCCCGAGUAUUUAAGUAUGCUGACAGAGGCUUCGGAAUCCGCUUCUUGCCGUCGUAUGCGAAAUCUUUAGAAAGAAAUUUCGAGACAAAUCAGGAAAGAGACCGGCUAGUUGACGGUGAGGGCGAAGACGAGUCCUCAUAUGACUUCAUCCAACGAGCUCGCUGGCCUUAUGGGCCUGAACCUGGCCUAAAGACUUUAAAGAGGGUCGCUUACCUCGGUCGUGACUUUGUCCACAGGUUUUGCUUCGGCGUCAGUCCCUUGGCAAUUUCGGCCGAGGAAUAUUUUAAUGUUCUCUACCAAAAUCACGGUAAUUUACACCAAGACGAUGUCAGUGAAUGGCAAGAGAGAUUUGCCGUUGCUGAAAAGAACAUGCUUGAGGCCGCUGAGCAAAGGGGUUCGCGUCCGCCUUCUAUGGGCUCAAGCCCGCAGAUCAGAUUCUCUGAUCUAGCAGGAAGGAAUGUAUAUCGGCACCUACCUGAUGGAAGGAGGGGGCUCGGUAAUCUCGAGGUCUUCAUGCGAAAUUGCGAAGCAUGGAGACUGAAUGCUAUUGAGCAUAUUACGGUAACCAAAAAUUCUUUUGCAAGCACCGAAUACGACUCGGACGUGUAUGAAGAUGUUCCAAAAUAUGAAUGGGACGCUUCGUUCGAGCCACGAUCAUACGCUGAAGCUAUAGAUGAUGCGAACAAUCGGGUUUUGUGGAGCAACACUAAGGCCGCAAUCUGUAACAAAUUGAUGAUAGACCUCACUUGGUCUGGCUUCGCUGAUUAUGCGACCCGUCGUCUGCGCCGACAAGUCCAUGGCCCAGAUCUUCAAUCUGUGAUGGAUCGGCAGAUCACAAUACCUGUCAAUAUUCCUGCUGCUCUCGAGGCCUUUAUCUCGCAGACUCUCCCUGCGCGAUACCCAGACGUUCCUUCUUUCUUUACGGAAGAUUUCUGUCUUAUUCCCUUGCAUGAUGCUGGCGCCUACAGGCCUGAGGGCACUCCAAAGCCUUCUCUUCGAGAAACGGGUAGCGAACAUGGAAACCUACGCUUCUGGGUCAUCACAAACGACAGCAUGUGGGCUGGCCAGCAUCGAGUGAUAGAUGAAACAUUCGAGCUCCUAUGGGUACUUUUCCACUUGCUCAUGGACGACGCGGAAUCGGUCUUCACUGACGCAGCUGAUAUUGAAUGCGUUUACAAAAUCGCACGUGCCUUCCGGCGAAGGAUCGUUAUGCCAGAGAUGACCGAGGACGAGGAUCUAGGGAUUGGGCUGCCAACUAAGCGAGAAGCACUGCUCUUCAGAGCAUGGGCGUUAGUCUCUCCCAGACUUCACCAUAACCGCUACAGCGAGCCCGAAGAAGAGGGUGCUCACGAGCUGUUUGGGGGAGAUGGGGCCCACAAGUACCCAUUUGACGACAGUCUUUUCUGGAAAGGUGACGAGGAAGAACUGGGAAUCAAGCCGGUCAGGAAGCGAGGUCGAAAUGAUAGCGACGAGGCAUUGGAGACACAAGUGCCCACCAGAUCGCGAUCUAAGGUGUCAUCGGCGGAAGAUGGAUAG